AUGUUCGCAGGGUCCAUGUGUUGUAAAGUCGGAGUGGUUUUGGCACGCGGGGCGACGCCGGCUCCUGUUCUGAGGGUGAACCCCAUCCUGCCCAUGUGGAAGAAGCAUUGGUUUGUUCUGACUGACGCUGGGCUGAAGUACUACAGAGACUCGAGUGCAGAGGAGAAAGAUGAGCUGGACGGGGAGAUUGACCUCAAAUCGUGUGUGAAAGUGUGUGAGUUUGACGUGGAGAAGAACUAUGGGUUUCAGGUACAGACGAGGCACUCUUCCGCUCACACUCUGUCGGCCAUGACGGCGGGGAUCAGGAGGAAUUGGAUCGAGGUUUUAAAGAAGUGUAUAAGACCCAGCAGCUCUCCAGACCUCACACAAUUACCAGACGGCAGCAGUGAUAAGGAGAACUCUCAUUCCCGCUUCCUGCAGUCGUCCCGCCGCCCGUUGUCCCGUCACGCCGAUCCUCCCUCAGAAGCCCCGCCCCCGGCUCCUCCCACUCACCGCAGGUUCGACUACGUGGAGCUCUCUCCGGUUCCCGUCCCCGCCGGGCAGAGAGAGGCAGCCGAGGGUCAGGGCCGGGAGCACAGCCAAUGGCAAGAGGAGAGGAACACCAGCAGCCAAUGGGAGGCCGUGCUGUCCAGGAAGGGCACCGGCGCGGGAUCCAAUCAGAGGCUACGCACCGAGGAUGACGUCGAGAAAAAGUGGGCCGAGUUCGAACGCUUGCCGCUGAAGGAGAUGAGCUCCUUGCCACCAAUGGGAACACGGCCUUCCAGCCAGUCAGCCAAUGAGGCGCUGCAGAGGGAGGUGGCGUCACUGAGGCAGCAGCUACAGCAACUACAGGGAGGAGGAGGAGGAGGAAGAUUGGGAGGAAGAUUGGGAGGAAGAGGAGCAGGUGUGAGGGGGGGCUGUGGUCCGGAGGCUCCGUGCGGGCGCAGCCUGUUGGCCAUGGACAAGGCUCACCACCAGGCUCUGGAGGAGCUCCAGAGGCAACACGAGAGGCAGGUGAAGCAGCUGGAGAGCGAGAAGGAGAGGCUGCUGACGGAGGAGACCAGAGACACAGCGCGAGUGAUGGAGGCUUUGAAGAAGAAACACAGAGACGAGCUGGAGAGAGAGGUGGAGAGAGUCAAGAGGCUGGGCAGCGGGGGGGUGGAUUCACACACUCUGAGAGCACAACAACAGUAA